AGGGAGGACAGGGAGGAGAGGAGGACAAGCAGCAUCCUUUAUCAGGGAGAGAGGAGGGAAAGCGAGGGAGAGACAAACGCUGGGCAAGCACAAAGGAGGAGAAGAAGAAGACUGAUGGUGUCGUCGGAGAGAGCGACGGCCGGAGGAACGAGAGACACUGAGAAAGACAGACAGACAGAGAGAGAGAGAGAGGCGAACAGGAGGAGACGUUAACAACCGUCCUCUGGGCCCGUGUGUGUGUGUGUGUGUGUGUGCGUGUGUGUGUGUAUGUGUGUGUUGGUGAUCAGCUGAUUGGAACACACGUAUUGGAGGGCGGAGCCAUGAUGGGCAAGGAUUACAUGUUGGCCAUCAUUAUAGUCAACUAUGAUGACAACAUCUGGACAGACCAGAACCUGCUCCUGGACCCAGACCUUCCCUCUGGCUGGAGAACCAUCAAAGACUCCACGGGAACGUACUACUGGCACGUUCCCACCGGCGCCACCCAGUGGCAACAUCCCCGUCUUACAGGGACACCGCAGCUGCUCGAUGCCCAGCAGGAGGAGGCUGGACAGCAGAGCUCCAACAAGGAGACAGAAGGUCCACCUGAGGGCAGGUCUUCGUGGCAUGAAGAUGACCUCACCAGCCACGACCCCGACUCCAAGUGUUUUGCCGUGCGCUCCCUUGGCUGGCUGCAGGUGGAGGAGGAGGACCUUUCUCCUGGUCGCAGCAGCCUCGCUGUCAGUAACGUCAUCCAGCAGCUGUCUCACUGCAGCAGCCCCGAGCAGAGGGACCGGCUGGGUGCCUGGGGGGAGGGCCGCGAGAUGAUCCUAGUUCUGAAAAAAGACACCCUGACCCUGUUGGACCCAUUAGACCACACCCCCCUGCACUGUCAGCCAAUCAUCAAUAUCCGUGUUUGGGGGGUGGGCUGCAACAAUGGCAGGGACUUUGCUUUCGUGGCGGGGGAUAAGGACAGCUGUGUGCUGAAGUGUCACGUGUUUCGCUGCGACGCUCCAGCCAAAGCCAUCGCCACGGCGCUGCAUGAGAUGUGCUCAAAGAUGAUGUCUGAGAAGGCCCUGAUGAGGCCGUCCCGCUCCCUGACCAUGGAGAGCAUCUCACCUGAGGACCUGCCGAGACAAGUGGAGUUUCUGGAGGCAGUGCGGCAGCAGGUGCAGAAGUUUGAGGUCCAGUACAUCGGCAACCUGCCGGUGUCGCGAGCCAUGGGUAUGGAGGUGUUGAACCGAGCGAUAGAAAGCAUCAUGAACUCCACAGACCGAGACGACUGGGAGCCGACGGUGAUCCACGUCACCGAUAACGUCCUGUCCCUGUGGAAAGGAGAGGAAGGCGACGAGCCCUUCUGGGAGUGUCAGGUACGCUUCCUCACCUUUCUGGGCGUCGGUCAUGACAGCCACACCUUCGCAGUGAUCGUGGACGGCGGCACGCAGCAGUUUGAAUGUCACGUGUUCUGGUGUGAACCGGACGCUGGGAUCAUCUCCGAGGCCGUCCAGGCUGCGUGCAUGGUCCAGUAUCAGAAGUGUCUGGUGGCUCAGACUCCUCCCCCAAGGACCAAAUCAUGGCGUGCAAACCCGUCAAAGGUGAAACGGGCCAACUCCAUGGACGGCGCUGCCUUCCCUCCCCUCACAUCCCGUCACCAUGGCAGCAGCAGCUCCAGCAUGAUGGCGCAGAGGAUGGCGAAGGGUAACGGCAGCAGCAGCAGUGUGAGGAAGGGCAUGAUGGCGUUUUUUGAAACUUUCCGCAACAAACAGGCCGCCACGUCCUAAUGAUGAAGGCGGGACCACCAGAGCCCACAGGGGUUAGUGUCGCUGAUUCUCCAGAUAUGUUGCCCCUGACCACAUUGGGCCUCCAGACCGGCCUCUGAUUGGCUGAACUCUGCACAUAGGGCUCUGGUGGUCCGCCUGGCUGAGUGACAUCACCAGCAACUCCAGAACACGAUGCUUGCCAAAGGACCACAAACACACCUGAAUCAGUCGCUGUGAUUCAGCCUCACCUGUUGGUGCAGGCGAUCAGCAGGAUGAGUGAAGGAUGAAUUUAUCAAUCAAAGUCGAUCAAUACCUCCACCAACACGUCCGAAAGUUUAAAGGCUAGCAGGUUCAUCGCUGAAAACAUCCAUCCACACCAUAAACAAGGCUGAGCCCUGACCUUUGACCCCUUCAGCUCCAUCUGUGCACAUAGAGGUUAUGAUUCGUAACUGAAGUUCUGUUUCUUGUUUCCUGUUUCCUGUCGUCAUAGCUCCUCCCCUCGAGGGGCGGAGUCACACCUGCUCCUCUUAGUGGAUUUGGAUCAAGUUUCCAUCAUCAGAUUAAUUGUGAGGCGUUUGAUUUGAGAGGUAACAUCAUCAGUCACUGUGUGUGACUGCCACAGCCUCACCUGAACUCUGUGCGGCUCUCCAGGGUCUGUCACCACUACAAGCACAAACGAGGGAGGAGCAGAGGAGGUGGCGAUCGGCUCAAAGGGUAACAGUGAAAAUCAGCCCACGUUAGUAAAAAGGACCGCUUCACAUCCAAAGCCCGGGUGGAGGAAGACUUCCUGUAAACAGAGGACACGUAGCAAUAACUGUAGAGACGUGUCUGUUUGUUCUGCUUUGAGCUUCAUUAUUUAGGCAUCGUGUUUUAAAGCUGCACUGACUAACUCGGCCACCAGAGGGCGACAAACACGUGCUGGAGACACAGACUGAAGAUAAACUGGCCUGUUUCCUGUGCUGAAAGCAGCAGUUUGCAUGCAGGCAUGAACUGAAACAAAUGCCACGCCCACAGUGACAUCUGACUCUCCUUCUGCUUCCUGAUUGGCUGACAUACCCUUAAAUAGAAGCUGUGCUGUAUUUACUGUUAUUAGGUAAGAUUGAGUUUCUGAGCGUCUGACAGGCUGUCGUUGUGUUUCUUUGCAGUAAAAGUGAUCAAUGAUGUCAUGUAUAAAUGAACCAAUAAUAAACUGAUAAAAACAUUUUUUUCUUG